AUGGAUAUGUCUUCAAUUCCAAUUUAUGGGAGCUUGAAGAGGUUUUGGAGUGGGAGAACAUAUCAGAGACUCGAUGGUACUGGUGGAUACAUCGUCAGGAAGAAGUUGAGGGUCUUGAGGCUGGGAGGAGGGAACAGUUGUAGUACUCAUACUCGACGGUCAUCAUCAUCAUCAUCAUCAUCAUCAAAGAUAAGAGAAACACGCAAGCUACUGCAACUGAGACUUAAGUGGCCCAUGAAGGUUUUGGGGAAGAUUCGUGAAGGUUACAUAAAUAUGAUGCUUGGGCUCGCAGGCAACAUUGGCUACUUGGAGGAUCCCAAAAAUGUUUUCGGGGAAAAGAGGAUUCCAAGAGGGAGACCUAUUCCAUCUGUUUCCAAGUUGAAUGAAUUCGACAAGAAACUUGUUCUUAAGGUUUACAACUCAAUCGCUGCUUCUCGAGAAUUUGUUGCCUACUAA